CCAUUCGUACCUCUUUUACCAACUGACAAGCGUUAGUCUAUAUUUACUUUGGCGUUUACCAUCAACCGAUCGUUAAUCUUUACCCUUUCAUUUACUCAAAUCGGACUGUUAUUUUGAGUUUCAAUAAGCUAUUAAGACUGAAAGCCUUGGGUUUAAUGAGAAAUGAGUACCCCUUUGAAAAUUAAGAAGGCAAUGUCCAGGGACGAAGUAUCCUUACUAGUGGAUUUGGUUGUUAAAAGACCAGCCAUUACAACAAAGGAGACCAACGCGGCUACCAACAAACUAAAGGAAGACGCGUGGAACUCUUUAGCCGUGGAGUUCAACAAGAUAAGCGAUCAGGCGAGGAGUAAGGAACAGAUAAAACUCAAGUGGGACAAUCUAAAGAAGGCUGCACGGAAGAGGGUUUCUCAACUUGACAAAGACGAGGCGGAGAUGGUGCCACUGGGCGACAUUCUGGACAGAGUAUCUGACCUGUUGGGCUACUCAAAGCCAGACGCCUACAACAGCGAUUGGAUAGUGGUGGACAGCGUUGGCGAGAGCUACUCCAGCACAGCUAAAAAAAGAAAAUCUGAAAACACUAUGGACGAAUCAUUAAUUGAUAAAUAUAAGAAGAAGUUCGAACCAAAUACAGGCAAAAAAGGAAGUUCUGGGGUCAAGGAAAGAAAUCUCGCUAUGGCGAGAUAUUACGAAAAGAAAGCCGAAAGAACUGAAUUAGAAAUACAAAUAUUAAAAACGCAAUUAAAUAAUAAAUGUCACUGCAUUGAUUAUUGUAAAACUAAUGGUAACAUUAACAGUAAUAGAAGCGACAUUAUCAACAGAAUAAAUAAACUCAGUAGCAAAAUUAAUAGUGAGAAACUUAUUAUUACUAAUAAUUGUGGGAAUGUAGUUAAUAAUGACACUAAAGUUAACAAUAUUAAUAGUUCUGAUACUGAUCAUUCCGAUAGUAGUAACGAUCGUUUUGAUAGUACAAAUGUUGAUAGUAAAGAUACUAUUGUUCACGUUAAUAUUGUUAAACAGGAAACUGGGUCGCCAUGAACUUACCCUACUUAGUUACCGACUAUAUUUUUGGUUUUCAUUACGUUCUUGUGCUGCCAGAAUUUUUGCACGAGCUAAAUUAAUAAUCGUGAUUUGAGCCAUUAAAAUAUCAUUGCUUCAGCGAAGGAAAACAUCACGAGGAAACC